GUGUAGCAGUGAGAUAUUUAAUAGCUUCAAACAAUUUAAUGGUAAGAAUUCAACUUCACAAGGUACAAUGAAAUCUGAAAAGCAAAGAAAGUAUCGAGGUCAGGCUCAAGAGAAAGAUCAGAGAGUAAGAAUUGUAAACAAAGCUAAAGUGGUAGGUUGUGAAGACACAGGUGACCCCUAAUCUUGUAAAUACCUUAAAAUAUGGAGCUAUUAGAACUAAUACCAUUUGGUAGAGAGAAAGCUUUUAAGGAUAUCAAUGGUUUGAAUCAAAACUGAGAAAUUUUUUUGCCUUUUUUUAAUUUAAAGGCGGAAGAAUUCAUUUGUUUCACAUAUCGAGUCUUCUACUUCAAGCCACAUCAUGUUAAACAAGAUCAUUCUGCUCCUGUCUCUUCAGAUAAGUCUCCUAGGAACCACUCAUGGUGGGAAUGUUCUGAUAUGGCCAAUGGAAGGUAGUCAUUGGCUAAAUAUUAAGAUAAUUAUAGAUGAGCUGAUUAAAAGAGAGCAUAAUGUUACUGUCCUAGUUGCCUCUGGUGCACUCUUCAUCACACCAACUUCUGAAACAUCUCUGACAUUUGAAAGAUAUAAGGUGCCCUUUGACAGUGAAAGAAUUCAAAAAGUGAUCACAAGCUUUGUUCUGACAUGGCUAGAACAUAGACCAUCUCCUUCUACCAUUUGGACAUUCUAUCAGGAAAUGGCCAAAAUCAUAAAAGACUUCCACAUGGUAUCUAGGGCAAUCUGUGAUAGUGUUCUACAAAACCAGAAGCUGAUGGAAAAACUGAAUAAAAGCAAGUUUGAGGUCCUGGUAUCAGAUCCAGUAUUUCCUUGUGGUGACAUAGUAGCUUUGAAACUGGGAAUUCCAUUUAUCUUCUCCUUGAGAUUUUCUCCAGCAUCAACAGUGGAAAAGCAUUGUGGGAAGGUACCAUAUCCUCCUUCCUAUGUUCCUGCUAUUUUAUCAGAACUCACGGACCAGAUGUCUUUCACUGACAGAAUAAGAAAUUUCAUCUCCUACCAUCUACAGGACUACAUAUUUGAUACUCUAUGGAAAUCGUGGGAUUCCUACUAUAGUAAAGCUUUGGGAAAACCCACCACAUUAUGUGAGACAAUGGGGAAAGCUGAAAUUUGGCUAAUCCGAACAUAUUGGGAUUUUGAAUUUCCUCGCCCAUACUUACCUAACUUUGAGUUUGUUGGAGGCUUGCACUGCAAGCCUGCCAAACCUUUACCUAAGGAAAUGGAAGAAUUUGUCCAGAGCUCAGGUGAACAUGGUGUUGUGGUUUUUUCUCUGGGGUCAAUGGUUAAAAACCUCACCGAAGAAAAGGCCAAUCUCAUUGCCUCUGCCCUUGCCCAAAUUCCACAGAAGGUUUUGUGGAGAUACAAAGGAAUAAAACCAGCCACAUUAGGAGCCAAUACUCAACUCUAUGACUGGAUACCCCAGAACGAUCUUCUUGGUCACCCCAAAACAAAAGCGUUCAUCACCCAUGGUGGAACUAAUGGAAUCUAUGAAGCUAUUUAUCAUGGGGUCCCUAUGGUGGGACUUCCUAUGUUUGCUGAUCAGCCUGAUAACAUCAUCCACAUGAAAGCUAAAGGAGCAGCUGUGGAUAUGAACAUGAAUACAAUGACAAGUGCAGAUUUCCUCAAUGCUUUGAGAACAGUCAUUAAUGAUCCUUCUUAUAAAGAGAAUGUGAUGAGAUUAUCAAAAAUUCAUCAUGACCAGCCUCUUAAGCCCCUGGAUCGAGCUGUCUUCUGGAUUGAGUUUGUCAUGCGCCACAAAGGAGCCAAGCACCUUCGUCCAGCUGCCCAUGACCUCACCUGGUACCAGUACCACUCCUUGGACGUCAUUGGGUUCCUACUGGCCUGUGUGGCAACUGUUAUAUUCUUGGUCACAAAAUGUUGUUUAUUUUCUUUCCAAAAAUUUAGAAAAGCGGGAAAAAAGAAAAAGAGGGAAUAGGUUUUUCCAGGGUAGAAAAUGUUUGUGCUGGGCAAUUUCUGUUUAUUUAAGCCACAAGAAGCUUAAUUUAAAAAAAAAUUAAUUAAUUAAUUAAAAGGAAAACAUCACCUACAUCCUGUAAAGUACUCACCUCACUACUUUAGUCUAGCUAUAUGGUUUAAAAUUCCAUAAGAUCAU